GACCUGCAGACCAGAGGGAUGAACUGGAGUCGGAAGGUUGAGUGGAAAUAAAGUUUCUCCGUGACCCUCUGUGGAUAUAAGGAGGUCUGCGUAGAAGCCCGUAUUGUUUUCAGUGGAUGUAAAUUCGGGCUGUGUGAGCUGCACUAACGUCCAUGAGCAAAGUUUUAUCCAACAUCCCAUUCUAAUUCAGUCUAUCAGGUGGUUUGACAGUGCGUCCUGAUCUUCUGAGCACAGGUGAUUGGUCACUUUGCUCAACACUGUCCUUAACAGAAAGACGCCAAAGGUGGAUUUGAACUGAAACCUAAAAGUCAUAUCUGGAGGAAGACAAAGAUCACCUGAUUCCAGCAAACAUGGAUGGAAGACCCACCUGUGACCAAUGUGGGAAGACUUUCACCAGAGUGAGUGGGCUGAAGGAACACCUACGCAUCCACACUGGAGAAAGACCAUUUGACUGUGACCAAUGUGGGAAGACUUUCACCACAAUGAGUAGGCUCAAGGAACACCUACGCAUCCACACUGGAGAAAAACCAUAUUAUUGUGACCAGUGUGGGAAAACUUUCACCACAAUGGGUGGGCUGAAACAACAUUUAACCUUCCACACUGGAGACAGACCAUAUGAUUGUGACCAGUGUGGGAAGACAUUCACUUGUGCAAGUAAUCUAAUAAGGCACCAACGCAUUCACACUGGAGAAAGACCAUAUCACUGUGACCAGUGUGGGAAGACUUUUACCGCAGCAUCUGACUUAAAAGUGCACCUCCGGAUUCACACUGGUGAAAGACCAUAUGACUGUGACCAGUGUGGGAAGACUUUCAACACAGCAGGUGACUUAAAUAGACACCAACGCAUCCACACUGGAGAAAGACCAUAUUACUGUGACCAGUGUGGGAAGACUUUCACCACAGCAGGUGACUUACAAAAACAUCUACCCAUUCACACUGGAAAAAGACCAUAUUUCUGUAACCAGUGUCGCAAGACUUUUCUCACACCAAGCUAUUUAAAAAAACAUCAACGUAGCCACACAGGAGAAAGACUAUAUGACUGUGAGCAAUGUGAGAAGACUUAUAUCACAGCAAGUGACUUAAAAAAACACCAACGCAUCCACACUGGAGAAAGGCCAUAUGAAUGCAACCAGUGUGAGAAGACUUUUAUCACAGCAAGUGACUUAAAAAAACACCAACGCAUCCACACUGGAGAAAGGCCAUAUGACUGUGACCAGUGUGGAAAGACUUUCACUUUGGCUUGGAAGUUAAAAAGGCACCAACAAAUUCACACUGGCGAAAGACCAUAUGACUGUGACCAGUGUGGAAAGAUGUUUACUAGAAUGAGUGGGCUUAAAGUCCACCAACGCAUCCACACUGGAGAAAGACCAUUUGGCUGUGACCGGUGUGGAAAGACUUUCACUUCAACUAGUAAGUUAAAAAGGCACCAAUGGGUCCAUACUGGAGAAAGACCAUAUGAUUUGGAUGCACUGAAGUCAGACUGA